GUGGCGUCGCGCGAUCGAGGGACGUGAGAUGUAACUGCGUGGUACGUAGUGGUGUUCCUGUGGGCUGUCACGAUGUGGCACCAAUCAUACCGCUUGAAGUUAUUCAGCAUAUCACUAGCAAAGAUGGCAUGUUUACACUGGUGAAGUAUAGUGGCUUCAGAUCAUGAUAAUGAUGCUUCUGGCCUCAUUCCUGAUGACAAUGAAGAUGAAGAUCCUACGUACCUCCCCGACCCGCGGCCAGCAACGGACACGAAUGAGGAUGAGGACCAGGACAUGGACGGGGACAUGGAUGAGGACGAGGACAUGGGCUACUUCAAGGAUAUGGACGAGAGCUAGGAUGUGGAGGAAGUCAAAGGCGAGAACGAGGAACGAGGACCAGGAUGAGGCCCAGGUAGUGGCCAAGAACAGUAGUAGGGCUUCCGGCGAACACAAUGUCUCUGUUGAAAAAUCUCCUAAAACAAGAAAGCUAUCCCUAAAGCGGAACGUUUGUCCCUAUUGUGGUACCCUGCACACAAAACUUGCGGGCCAUCUUUUCCGGAAGCAUAAACAAGAACCCGACGUACUUGACGCACUCGCCUUUCCAAGAGGAUCAAGGGAGAGGAGAGUCACUCUGGAAGGUAUCAUUCAUAAAGGCAAUUUCAAACAUAUCUCUGCUGUUUUCCGAGAUGGGCGAGGAACGAUCGUCCCAAGAGGCGUCCACCUCAAGAUAUGAAUAUCAACGUGGAAGAUAUGCUGCCAUGUGGAAGGUUUCACGGUUUCUUUUCUAGACGCAGCCUCUUUCGGCAUCGGUGCCACGCCCAUGAGAAAACUGCCUCUGGGGGCGGAGUCCAGUCCCAGGGAAGGUCCCUGCUGCCGUGCCACAAAGAUGCCGCGGCUGGUUUAGAAAACCAGAUGGCGAAGAUGUGAGACGAUAGUAUUCCGUCCACUUGCAGGCAUGAUGCCCUUAUCAUGGAGUUCGGGGCCCGUCUCUACACAAGAUUGGGCCACGAGCGCCACCAGCAUGCACACAUCAGAGAAAAAAUGCGGCAGCUGGGACGACUGCUGCUGGAGCUGAAUGUAUCAAGCCCAGGAUCAGGUCUAGAGAUGUUUAUUCACCCCGCAAAGUUCGUGGAAGUGGUAGGCGCGGUCAAGAACCUGGCCGGUGUGAAGGAGGGCAAAUAUCAUAACCCAUCGCUUGCUCUCAAGCUUGGUUAUGGCCUCAGUGAAUGCGCGGGCAUACUGAAAACGCGCGGGACCACCAACGAAGACGCCACCCCGAAGACGGCUGCGGACGAUUUCCUCCUGCUCUACCAACGAGAUUGGAAGCUACACGUGUCUUCUCGUUCGCUUACCACUCUCCAGGAAAAGAAGUGGAAUAAGCCCGUCGACCUUCCCCUCAAUGCGGAUGUUCAGAGUGUAACGAAGGAGGUGCAGGCUCGGGGGCUGUGGGAAGAGGAACGCUUUAUCAAGAACUAUGUUAAAUUGUCGGAGACUGCGCGGGCAUCCAUCAUUUUGUUUAACCGGCGAAGGCCGGGAGAAGCGUCAAGGCCUACGGUCAGAUCAUACACUGAGAGGGACCAAACUCUCAAUGAAGACGUCCUGCAGCACCUGUCUCCUUUAGAGCGAGAGCCAUGCCAUUCGCUGGGACAUGUAGUGGUUCGGGGCAAAAAACGAGGCGAUGUGCCCAUCACGCUGACAGCCACAAUGCGAGGGAAGCUUGAUCAGCUGAUCGCAGCAAAGAAAAGACGUUGGGAUCCCUCUCGACCGUCCACACAUUUUCGUCAACAGCGCGGCCCCAGAUGCGAGCACGCUCAGAGGCAGCGGCUGGGUGCGGACAUUCGCGCGAAAGGCACGUGUCAACAACAUCACAGCCACGAAGUACAGAAAGCAUGUGGCCACUAUGCUGCAGCUGCUGCGACUGAGCGAGAUUGAAAUGGAUAUCGUGGCCGGCUUUAUGGGCCAUGACAUACGGGUUCGCAGGCAGUUCUAUAGACUUCCCGAAAAGACGGUGCAUGCUGCCAAAGUGAGUAAAAUACUACUCGCGAUGGCCAAAGGGAUCGGCGGAUUCGCAGGAAAGACCCUGGAUGACCUUGACCCCAGCAGUGACAAUGUCGUCGAAGGUGAUCCCGCUCCCAGUGUCGACAUGAACGACAGCACUAGCAUUAUUGCGAUCUAUAUAUCCGAUUCCCCAAGCUGAAGCAGAAAGCGGACCACCCAAGGGGCCAAGGAUUAAUAAAAGGAAGCCCAAAACCAAAAGGAAGGUCGUGCUGUAGACUGAAAGAGAAAAGGAGGCUACACAGAGGCGCAUGAAGCCAUUUAUCGGUUCUCUGAAGUGCCCAGGAAUGGCAGGCUGCCUAGCGGCACGGAAGGAGGAGUCUGCACUGUGCCGGCGUUCCUGGAAGGAUGUUAAGUUCUGUACAUACAAUGUGAUCCAGAAGCACAAGUGUGCCAUGGAAAUGUAGUUUCAGCUGAAAGCUUGGAAUGCUGCAUGUCUAGAUCCCCUGCUGUGUUGUGUGCAAUCGCUGCCUUGCGGUGGCAAUGUUCUUUUACCUGCAAGCUCGAGAGGCUCCGGACGUUAGAUCCUCUGUUGUGUUAUGUUGCAACCCCUACUUUGCGGUGAGGCUGUUUGACCCGUUUGCAAACAAACUAAGAAACCUUUUGCACAAGAGUGUGUUUGUGGUGGACCGUGAUCGGAACUGAUGGAUUUGCUGUCUCAUGCUGCCCUCCCCACAUGGAAAUAACACAAAAACUAAAAAUGAAUAGCAGAA